AUGCCUCCAGUUGGCCAGCAGGCAGGCGCCAUCGCGCCACCUGCGGCUUCUACCCCCCCCUCCACACCUGGCAUUCUGCCGUGGGGUGGUCAGCAGUUGGCUCAGAUGCAGGGGGAUUGGCCAGGGGCUCAGGGUAGUGGGUGGUUUUACCCACCUAACCCUUAUGCCAGCAUUCCCUUUCAUGUUCUCCCAUAUGGGGAUACCUCCUUACCCCUGGGUGACCAUUUGACUGCCGCUACGCGGGAGAAAAUUCUCCGCGGCGAAUUUGUGGAUGUCUUCAGCCUCCUAUUCAGAGAGCUCGAAAAGAAGAAUAAGGACGAGCUUGAUGAUAAGGAGAAGGAGAAACUGAAGAGGAGGAAAGUAGAUAGAUCUUGGGCGAACUGGUUGCCGGGAUUUUUGAUCUAUGCUGGAGUCAUUGCAAGAGCGCAGCCGGCCAGGGCGGCCGCCCUCUUUCAAUAUAUCGACAUUGUGUAUCGGGCGUAUACGGACUUCGCUGGUGCAGCAUGGCUGCAGUAUGACGAAGCUUUCCGGAUGCGGGCCGCAGUUAAUCCUGUAAAACCGCCAGUGACCAAAACUAUCAACAGCGCCACCCGAGCCAAUUGCCAAUGCACCAUCUACAGUGUAAGAGUAAAGGGCAUGAGUUGUCCUAAAAAUGACCCUCUCCCUGUUCCAUAUGAGUGGUAUCAGCCAGGGGACCUCCUCGUUGGUGGCAUUUCUUCUCAGAUCAUUUACACCCUUCAUGGAGUUUCUUUCACGGAACAUCCUUCACAGAAGUUAUUUGAACUUCCAGAAAUGGUGACUAAGUUCUAUCAACAUGUCCUCGCCUUGGUUUUUGCUGUAAAUGACAUCAACGAGAAUCCCCAGAUCCUGCCAAACUUUACCCUCGGAUUCCAUAUCUCUGACAGCUACUAUGAUGCACGGAUGACCUACCGGACCACUCUGGACCUGCUCUUCAAAUCACAUAUUUUUUUCGCUAAUUACAAAUGUAAUUCCCAGAGAAAUGUGGUAGCCAUUGUUGGUGGACUUGAUCCUGCUGUCUCAUUUCAUAUAGCAGACAUCUUAGACCUCUACAAGAUUCCACAGCUCCACUCUUUUCUUCAAGGCCUUUCCUUUAAUAAUUCAGCCGGAGAAACCAUCUCCUUUAAUAAGAAUAAAGAAAUGGAAACUGGAUUUGACAUUGUGAACAUGGUUAUCUUCCCAAACAAAUCCUUUCAUCGAGUAAAAGUUGGAAGAGUGGAUGAAGAGACUCUUGAAGGAAAAGGAUUCAUCAUCCAUGAGAAUAUGAUUGUUUGGAACAAACAUUUUAAUGAGGUGGUUCCCCUUUCUCUGUGCAAUGAUCCAUGCUCCCCUGGUUACCACAAGCAAAUGAAGGAAGAAGAGGCAUUUUGCUGCUAUGAUUGUUCUCCUUGCCCAGAAGGCAAGUUCUCCAGCAACAAAGACAUGGAUGACUGUUUCAGAUGUCCAGAUGAUCAAUAUCCAAGCAAGAACCAGGAUGGAUGCAUUCCCAAAAUUAUAAGCUUCCUGUCUUUUGAAGAACCUCUAGGGAUAAGUCUGGUUUUACUUGCUCUUUCUUUGUCCCUGACCACAACCUUAAUCCUAGGAACUUUCAUUAAGCACAGGGAUACCCCCAUUGUCAAAGCCAACAACACAGAUAUGACCUACACUCUUCUGAUCUCCCUCCUUUUCUGCUUCCUCUGCUCUUUGCUCUUUCUUGGAAAACCAAGCAAGGUGACCUGCUUCCUCCGACAGGCUGCUUUUGGUAUCAUCUUCUCAGUGGCUGUGUCUUGUGUUCUGGCCAAAACCAUCACUGUGAUUGUAGCUUUCAUGGUCACCAAACCAGGGUCCAGCAUGAGGAAGUGGGUGGGCAAAAGAUUGGCCAGCUUCACUGUCAUCUCUUGCUCCCUUGUUCAAGUAAGUAUUUGUACAAUGUGGCUUGGAACCUCUCCCCCCUUUCCAGAUACUGACUCUCACUCACUGAUUGCAGAGAUUAUAGUAGAAUGCAAUGAAAGUUCUGCCAUUAUGUUUUAUAUCGUCCUUGGCUACAUAGGACUUCUGUCCCUCAUAAGCUUGCUUGUGGCCUUUCUUGCCCGGAAGUUACCAGAUAGUUUUAACGAAGCCAAAUCGAUCACCUUCAGCAUGUUGAUGUUUUGCAGUGUUUGGUUGUGUUUUGUUCCAACCUACUUGAGUACCAAAGGGAAACAGAUGGUGGCCGUGGAGAUCUUCUCCAUCUUGGUCUCCAGUGCUGGCUUACUGGCUUGGAUCUUUUCCCCCAAGUUUUAUAUAAUUGUGCUGAGGCCUGAACUCAAUACAAAGGGUCACCUCAUGCAAAAAAAGUAA